AUGCGUAACCUGAACGAAUCGGUUCGGAUGCUUACGCUUCAAGUGACGGAGCUGCGGAAAGAGAACGCCGCGCUCCAGAGAGAGAACCGAGAGCUAAAAGCUGCAAAGGCCACCUCGCAGGCGCCGAAACCUGUGGUAGCCAAGAAGCAGCCACCAGCGGACCCGCAACCACAGUCGUCCGCUGAGGCGGAGGUACGGACUGAGGUAGUCCGUGCGGAGCGUACCCGGAGAGAUCAUCUGAUCCUCCGGCUGAAGCAGAGCGCAGAUGGCCCUCGAAUGCGCGAUCAGGUGUCAAAGGCCAUUGGGUCACGCGGAGUGACCAGCCUUAUCGCCGAGAUGGCGUAUAUCUCGGCAAACAACGUGGAUCCCCUGGCGACGCCGGAGGAGGUGGCCGCUGAGAUUAAAGCUCAGUAUGGUGUGGCCAUUCCUGCCGAAAACAUAUCGUUGCACGCGUUCCCGAACGGACUGCAGAGGUUUAGAGUACGCGUUCUGCGCAGCGAGGCAAUGUUGUUGGACACCAAGAAGCUGAGGGUCGGCUUCUGCGUCUCUACCAUCAAGCGACGCGCCGUCUCCCAGGACCUUGCAAUCCAGCAUGCGCGUGAGGAUCGGGCGGAUGUUGUCCUUCUGUCCGAUCUGCACCGCGUACCCACGAACAACGGGAACUGGGUCGCAGAUGAGUCCGGGAGUGUCGCAAUCAUCGCGACAGGUAGGUCGCCAGUUCAGAGAGUGCUAGCGACUGGAGUGCCGUGGGUGGCAGCAGCCGUCAUUGACGGCGUGCUCUUCAUCUGCUGCUACGUUCGGCCUCUAGUCAACGUUGAGCGCUUUGUGCAGGUGCUGGAAGCCGUAGAAAUGGUGGCAAUGGGUCACCAGCGGAUCGUCCUCGCUGGAGACUUCAACGCCAGCCAUGAAGAGUGGGGUAGCCCUCGCUCGUCCCUUAAGGGCGAGGAGCUGCUGCUGACCUGCGAACGGCUAGGCUUGAAGGUGCUCAAUCGCGGCAACACACCCACCUUCGUAGGGAACGGGGUUGCCAGCGAGAGCAUUGUCGAUGUAUCCUUCGCCAGCCAUGACGUCAAAGGUCUGAUGAAGCUUCUACGCGAAGCUUGCAACGCCACUAUGCCGAGACAGCAGUCGGGCCUGGGUACGAGUGGUACGAGACCAGUAAGGGCAUCGUUACCUGCGACGUUUCCGCAGGGGUCGAUCCUUGGACCUACUCUUUGGAACGUGCUGUAUGACAGCGUCUUGGCUUUGGAGCUGCCACCGGGCGUUGAAAUCAUCGCAUACGCGGAUGACAUCGUCCUGACGGUUCCUGUCUACACUCCCAGGGAGGCCGCUGCAGAGGCCGAGAAGGCUGUCCGGAUCGUGGACCAGUGGAUGGAGCGGCAGCACCUCAAGCUCUCCGCUGGUAAAACGGAGAUGGUGAUGAUCAGCAGCCUCCGUCAGGGCCACCCGUGGAUACCGGUCGACAUUCGUCGACCGAGGACCAUCCGCUACCUCGGUGUCACGCUGGAGGACCACCUGAGCUGGAAACAUCACGUCGAGGCCGUGUCGCAAAAGGCUCUCCGUGUUGCGAAGGCAGUUACUGCGCUGAUGCAGAACCACCAAUUAGCUUCAUUCAUGUCUAGUCUCUUUAGCGAGGAGAAUCGAGAGAAAAGCUGCUUGGGUCUGGAGAAAAUCAAGGAGGAUGCCCGGUUGUACGAGGCUCGACUGGACCCAGCUCGAACCCGUACCACCGACGAGAUCCGGGCGACGGAACGGGCCAUCACCAUGGAGCAGUGGCAGCAAGGCUUGGAUGCGGACGCGACUGAAGACGGUGCCAGCAGGUACACGCGGUGGGCACAUCGCGUCCUACCCAACAUUGCGGCCUGGCAUUCGCGGAAACAUGGAGAGGUGAGCUUCCACCUGGCCCAGGUCCUCUCUGGUCACGGAUUUUUCCGGGACUACCUGUGCGCCAUGGGGUUCACCUCGUCCCCGGAUUGCCAGUGGUGCCCUGGAGCCGUCGAGGACGCCGAGCACGCGAUGUUCGAGUGUCCCAGGUUUGCAGACGUCAGGCAGCGGCUGCUUGCAGAGAACACAAUCAACCUCGUCACGGUCGAGAGCUUCGAGGAGUUCCUGCUGCGAGACCAGGGCUGUUGGAGCAGGGGCUGCGAGGCUGCCAGGCAGAUCACCGCCGAACUUCAACAGUGCUGGAACGAGGAGAGGUCCAACCGGGCGGCGGAGUCGCAGCUCGAAGACGAGAUCCGCGAGAACGAGCGUCAAACCGGGCUCGCUGAGGGACGUCGGGAGCGGCGGAACGCUGAACCAGAACCUCCCCCAUCACCGGGAACAGCAGAGCGUCGCCGGCUCAUCCGGGAGCGGGUCCAGCUGCAUCGUGAAAGACGACGGCAGGAGCUGGAACCCUAUUUCCGGGCGGAGCCUGGCCAGCAUCGGGACGUGAACGACGUGCGUCAUCUACGGCGAAGCGCGAGGUCUGCGGCCUCGGUUGCAGCGGCAGCCGAAGCAGACCUGCCGGGCCGUUGA